GGGUCUGGUUUACUGGGAGUCCGGACGAGUCGGUGGUUUGUGGUUUUGUUGGGAUUCUCCCAUCAAUCGGAUGCGUUUAGCCACUCCUCCGCUCGCCGCCGUCGAUGACAGCUAACGGGUAGCUAACAGUUAGCUAACAGUUAGCUGGCGUUAUCGCGAUCCAGAGCAAGAUGACUCGGGACCUGCGAGGCGCCGCGCUGGAAAAAGCCGAGCUGCUUUCCGGCCAUUUGAAGGAGCUCGUGUCGACGGGUCAACAGUAUGUCCGCGAUCGGUUCGGGGUGGAUUUGGGUCUGAACCCUGACGUGUACCCGACGUGGGUCAUCCUGUCCACGGCCACGGUGGGUCUGCUCCUGCUGCUCCGUCUGUCCUGGGCCGCCGCCUGCGGCGGUCGGUUCGCCGGGAAGAAGCGGGGCUCGCCGGACCCCCGAGGUGCCGGGGAGCCCGGCAAGGCCCAAACGCCCAAACCGGAGGAACAAAAGAAGAGGAACAAAAAGAAACCGCUCGAUAAGAACACUCAAUCCAAUGGACAGCCGGUGGCUGCAGCUCAAGAUGCAGUUAAAGUUAAAGCGACCGUCGUGGUUCCCAAGCCAGCCCCCCAGGUCAAAACCCAGAAGGUGCCUGAGGUGCAGGCCGCGGUGCAGGUGAUGAAGAACAAGAAGAAAACCAAGACGAUUGUGAAACCAGCUGUGAAACCAGCCCAGCUCGUUUCAACAAAUGACGGGAAGGAAACCGACGAUGCGGGCAAUUGGGAGACCAAAGUCAGUAACCGAGAGAAGAAGCAGCAGCGCAGGAAGGACCGGGGCCCUGAGGACUCUGGGAGCCCAGGAGGGCUGCAGGCUCCCAAGGGCAAUGUAGAGACACCUGCGGCCACAGCGCGCGUCAACACCAAGAAGAACCGAGGAAACACCGAGCCCUUGCAGUCGAGAACCGCUGGGAAGAGUGAGACUACUAGGAGAGCUGUGUCGUCCGCCCGGAGAGAGGAGCCGUCAGUCAACGGGGGCGGUUGGACCGAUGCGUCACGCCAGACGGGCUCUGGCGUCCCCGCUGCUACACAUUACAGGGCCGCUCCGAGGCCUCAGACCUGGGGACAGGAGACACCAGCAGCGUGGAGUGGCAUCGAUGGCCGAAAAAAGGCCGACAUCAACCCUGUGACCUUCUCCAUGCUGGGACCAAACGCCACAGCUGUCUCCUUAGAAACCAUAUCAAAUUCAAUGGAGUGGGCGAAGCCCCCCGAUGUUGAUAAUGAAUGGUCCGGAUACAAUGGGAAGGCAGCCGCGGACCACAGCUGUGACUGGAACGCCCCAGAAGAGCACUGGGGCAACUACGAAGAGCCACCUGUGUUGGUGACACCAGCGCCUCCGCUAAAGGAACCGCCGGUUCCCAACAAGGUAUCGGAGGAUGAGAAGGACGCCGAGGACCCUUCCGGCGGAGGAGACAAGUCCAAGAAGAAGCGGAAAAAGAAGCAGAAAACCGAAGAGGAGGCCGCGUCUGAGGCUCAGACGGUGAGCACGGUGCCUCUGGUCAAUGCAAAGGCCAAACCUCAGGAGCCGAAUGCCAGCGCGAAGAAGUGCGAGCAGGCUGCGGAGCCUCCGAAACCCUCCCAGAAGAAAAAAGUCCGACGGGAAACCUGAAGUCACAGAGAUCCAUACGAAGCAUAUGCAAAUGAUUGUAAGACGUGUCACAUGCAAUAAUUACCAGGUACAGAGUUCCUUUCUGAGAUCCAUUAACAGUUAUUUAGUUACCGAAACAAAAAUAAUCACGGCAAAGGAUUAUUACCUGCUUGGCUAAAUAUAGUGAUGAAUGGUGGUCCUGUGGACUCAAAUCUUAACUAAUUUGCACUAUUUUGAUCGGAGUUCCUGGGGGAGGUCAGACCUGCAGUCAAAGUACAUGUUUGUGUAAUUAAUGUGUCCUGCAUCAAAUGUUUCUUUUUUUGUGUUUUUUUUCCCGUCCACAAGUGUACAUUUAUAGUUGUUUGCCCAAAAGUACAAAGCAGGUUUUUUUAAAUCACAAUUUACAAGAGAAGAAAAAAAGUCUUGUUCCCCAAAAUGAUGCACUUUCUUUUGUUUGCUUUGCAUCUGCGCCGCUUUCAAUAUACCUGAAAAGUCUGGGCGCGAGCUGCAUGUGAAGGGCCGGUCUCAGAUCAGCAUACGCUCUGGUACGUUUUUAAAGUCUAUGAAAACCGGCGCCCAUGUGUUCAUUGGGAGAGUUGAGGGCCUCCCUUUUUGCUCAGGCCAUGAGCUAACAAAACCCCCAUAGAGAAAAUACAAUGUAGAAAUUAAGGGUUUUUUAAACAAAGUAAUGGCCUUUUAGAAAACUAAAUGUUGUCUCUGUGUUUUCCCCAAUUCCAAUAGCUUUGCUGAUAUGACAAAACCCUGACUAUGAACCUUCAUGUGACUCCCGGGACAAAGUUUUAAUUAGCUGAAUCUGCUGACUGCUGUAUUGCUUUUGUUUAGAAGUUGUUGUUUUUUUAUACCUUUUUAUAUUCAACGUGUUCCCACGAGUAGUCCGCACGGACACGAGAAGUGACCUAGAACUCACUCGCCUCAAACUUCACGUGAGUGGUAAAAUCGGUUUGCCUUUGAAGUAAUACCUCAACUAAAUAUAUCCUUGCAGUACAAACACUCACUUCAUGAAGAAUGGCAGCUGUUAUCAGGUACCUGGCCACCGAAACCGAACUCCACCUCCCUGCAACGUAAUCCACCUCUUCAGCCUCCAUCCGUGUGUUUUUUUCUGUUCAAAAUGUUCAAUGUUUCGACACAAUAUGGCUAAAUACGCCCCUGUCUGAGCUUCAGAGCAGAGAGUCACAGCAACACACUACACCGAAGAAUUGAGAAGGAUUUUCCUGAAACUCAGCUGAAAAGUAACUAAUUCAUCAGUUAUGGAUCUGAUAUUGUCUUCAAAGACGACGCUUCAUCCGGAAUUUGGAUUGACGCUGAGGACUGUUGAGCACAGUGGCUGAUAGGAACCACCGGGAGGCGCUGUGGUGUGACGGAAAGGACCAGGCGGGAUUAUCACAGCAGUAUUGCCCCCUGACUAGUGUCUGUCUCUAUCUGGCCAGACUAUGUUGGUCUUAACAGUCCCUUCUGCACACAUUUUAUUUUUUUCUUCCAGUUAUUUGCUAGAUAAAGCCAUAUGUACAGACUGAGGGCUUUUCUUUGUGAUUGCACUGUGCUAAAGGCUGUACGGAGUUCCUUUUGAUGUCGAUUACUGUUUUUGACUAACUUUUUGCAGAAUGUGAAAGUCAGGAUUCAUUAAUAGACAUCUAAGUUGGUUUUAAACAACAAAUUAAUAAUAAAUAUUAAAGGAAUUUAAUUCCGUUGCCUUAACCUAAUGUUUGCAUUGGCAUCCUUUUUUCAAUUUUUUAUGUUCCAACAAAUUGCAAGUUUUGAUGUCAGUUAUUUUCUUUCUUGCAUGACUUUGAUAUUCGUACUUGUGUACAAAACAUGAAAGAUCUCCUGCUUUUAACCGUUUAUACAAGGUUCUGGAGAACCACUCCGUGUAUUGUUUGAUUUUUUUUUUUUUUUUUUUAAUAAGACCAAAUGCAGCUUUUCUCUUGGCACCCUAUUGAGUGGACAUUAUCCUGAGUCUGUGUUGGAGGUCACAGAGCUUUGGUGCAUCGCGGUGUUGCUGCUGGUGACGCGCAGCUGAUGGAACAAAAUUAUACGUCGCUGCGGCUUCGGGUGCGCUUUUCUGUUUUAAUUUCUACUGAUGUUUCAAAUUGAUUCAAUGUAUUUAUAUACUUGUGACACGUAGGACACGGGGCUCGGAAUAAUUCUGUUCAUUGAGAUACAAAGGAUAUUUCUGCUUGUUUGGUAAAAAAAUAAAUGAGAAUUGCUUGAUA